CGUUCCAUUUUCUUCUCUCUCCCUUCUCUCCAGGCAGUUGGCCGAUCCGUAGCACUCCAGCGUCGCCGGCUUGUCCCUGUUUUAGGGCUUAGGGUUUCGCGGUUCGCUUGGCCUGAACCUGUGUGCGCCUUGAAGCAACAAAGGAGUGAAAAUGUCCCACAGAGAAGACAGAGGAAAAAGAAAAAGGAGGUCUGAGGUGGAGGAGUAUGAAGAUCGUUAUUAUCAAGAAUUGAAGGGACAUACCAUCAGGAUUAAAGUUUCAGAUUUACUUUAUAAGUGCCCAUACUGCAGAAGUGCACAAAGGCGUGAUUAUCUCUUUGAGGAUCUUUUAAAGCACGCCUCACGCAUAUCUAAGGAUUCAAAAGGGAUAAGUAAUAAAGAGAUUGCCAAGCACUUAGCGUUGGAGAGAUACCUAAGAAAGUACUUCUCUACGAAAGUUAAUGCCGAUCAUUCCACGAACAUAAGACUCUCGUCAGCUAAGAACGAUCAGCAGUCAAGACUCUCUUCAGAUAAGAACCAUCAGAACCAUCAGCAGUUAAGACUCUCUUCAGCUGACAAUGAUCAGAAGGAUCAACAGUUAAAACUCUCUUCAGAUAAGAAAGAUCAGCAGUUAAGACUAUCUUCAGCUGAGAACGAUCGGCAGUUAAGACUUUCUUCAGCUAAGAAUGAUCAGCAGUUUGUCUGGCCCUGGAUGGGUGUGAUUGCGAACAUUAAGACUGUAGUUAAGGACGGAAGAUAUGUUGGGGAGAGUGGGAGCAAACUCAGGGAGGAGUUGGAAAAGAAAGGAUUCAACCCUGUGAGGGUCCAGACCUUAUGGAACUACCGGGGUCAUUCGGGACUAGCAAUUGUUGAGUUUAAUAAGGACUGGGUGGGCUUCUGUAACGCGAUAGCUUUUGAGAAAAGUUAUGAGAUUGAGCACUGUGGGAAGAGGGACUUUUAUGUCUCUAAGGACAGGGGGGACAAGACGUUUGGUUGGUUGGCAUAUGAUGAUGAUUACUAUUCAAAAGGCAUACUGGGAGACCACCUUAGAAAGAAAGGGCACUUGCGAACUUUGUCCGAUAAAGAGGCAGAAGAACAACGCAAACGGUCAAUGCUUGUUGCUGACUUACAGAAGACGUUGGAGCACAAGAGCUCGCGACUUCUGGAGAUAGAGAGCAAGUACGAAGAAACAAAGCAUUCCCUCGACAAUUUAGUGACACAAAAGGAUGAAAUGCUGAGGGCUCAUAAUGAAGAAAUAAGAAAGAUGCAGCAGAAUGCCCGCAAUAAUCUCGAGAAGAUAUACCUGGAACAUGACAAGGUGACGCUGCAUUUGCAAGCUCAAAAACACGAGCUUCAGCAGCGGGAAGAAGAGUUGGAAUUGCGAGAAUUUCAAAAUGAAGGCAAGAGGGCAAAGCUUAGACAUGAUAAGGAAUUGGUUGAAAGGGCAUUUUUGGAGCAGCAGAAAGCCGACAAUAAUUUAUUGAGGCUGGCAGAAGAUCAGAAGAGAGAAAAGGAGAAACUUCACAGGAAAAUUUUUUAUCUCGAAAGAAAACUCGAUGAUAAACAAUCUUUGGAAUUGGAGAUUGAGCGCAUGAGAGGCGCUCUGCAAGUUAUGAAACACAUGGAGGAUGAUGAAGAUGCGGACCUCAAACAGAAGAUGAAGGAGAUUGAGGAAAGUUUAAAGGAAAAGGAAGAACAGAUGGAGUACAAUGAACAACUUAGUCAAGCACUCACUGUUCAGGAGCGGAAGACCAAUGACGAAUUGCAGGAUGCUCGCAAGGAGCUGAUUAAAAUUUUGGCGAAAAAUGGUAGUAAUGCCAUGAUCAGAGUAAAAAGGAUGGGAGAACUUGACAGCAAGCCGUUCCUCAGAGCAGCAAAAAGAAAGUGUGCCGCGGGAGAAGCAAAUGUAAAGGCCACGAUGCUCUGUUCUGAGUGGGAAGAACAUCUCAGAGAUUCGGACUGGUACCCCUUUAAGGUCAUAACAGAUGGAGAGCAUCCCAAGGAAAUUAUCAAUGAAGAAGAUGAAAAGCUAAAAGCCCUUAAGGAUGAGUACGGUGAUGAGGUCUAUAAGGCAGUAUCGAAGGCCCUCGAAGAGCUGAACGAGUACAAUGGCAGUGGCAGGUACACCGUGCCCGAGCUGUGGAAUGUUAGAGAGGGAAGAAAAGCGUCUCUCAAAGAGGGAGUUGCUUACCUUCUCAAGCAAUGGCAACCCCGGAAGAAAAAAAAUUAGAGACUCUUAAUGUACUCAGGUGGGGAGUUUGGCAUCUUCAUCCUACUUGUUGUGGAUACACAUCUCGUGAUGCAGGUGUCGAGUACUGAUAUUUGAUUUCUAAUGCUGACUGCAUGUAGACUCUUGAAGUAGAAUUAGGCCAUUUGAAGUAGGCUGUAGGCGUACAUGCUGCUCCCUUCAAUUAGACUAAAGGAGAAAGAUGCAAUCUUUCCUUCGACUUUGGCAGAAGCUCUCAUGGAGACUUCAUGAGAUGCAUUUACAAUUCGAUUCCUCUCUGUCAUAGAGGGUCGUCACUGCAUCGUUUGCUAUGUGCAGACCCCCACCCAAAUUCUCAGUGGAUGAUGGUAUUGCUGCGUUCUCUUAGAUUUUGUGUCACAUCUGUUCGAAAUGAUGUCAAGAAUUCGUUUAGAAAUGAGUGGCUUCUGGCUAUGGUUUUCCAGAUAAUGCUCAUCUAAUUGUAAGGUGUGGGAUUGUGAAUUCUGAGUGUGGCCUGCGUAGCCCUGCUUGGGAAUCCUCAAAUUCCUAUUUUUCUUUGGUUGUCGUGUUUCUAAAAUUCUAUGGAGGAAUUCGUCUUCUGGAACUCGUCUUGGCCGAUGAAUUUCGAAGAUGGAGAAAAGGAUACUCAUCCACGAGUGGAUGAAAUGGAACUUAAGCCGGAAACGAAUUUCCUCAUGCCUUGUAGUGACAUGGGCACGCUAUCAGGAUUUCCAGAAAUCAGGCUAUUAGAGAAGGGUGGGGAGACGAACUUAUCAGGAACUGAUCUUACUUUCCUUAUUGUUUGCCCCCUUACCAUUAGCUCCAUUAAGCAUUUAAGGCCAACGAGGUCUCUUGUCCUAAACAGUUGGAACGGAACAAGGGUACGGAGAGACUUCGACUAAUUAGUUUAAGUAGUCUUUGAUUGGGCGCUUGAAAGCUGGAUUCGGCUGGUUCGCCAAACUAAAUUGACCGCAACAAUGGGGAGGAAAGACGGAGGAGGAAAUAGUGGGGAAAGGUGAAAAGAGUAGGGAGUUGGGACUUUUGGGGGGGCAUCCAAUGUCGGAAUCCGAAGGCGUUUGUCUCCAUUGAAAAAAAGAUAAAAAAAGAAAGGAAAAAAGGAAGAGGAUACGGAAGAAAAUUGGGCACUUUCACAUGUGAAGAAAGCAUUUAGGAGGACCCGACCCCACCCAUGUGCAGCUUUGGUUCCCUCCAUAAGAUGUUUUUGGUCCUCUUCCUGAUGUGACCCUUUUGGAAUCAUUUCGUGGAAAAUAAUUAUAACAAGCAAUAAUACUAGCAGAAAUAAUUUGAGAAUCCCCCCUUUCUUUUAUUACUCCCAUGCCCUGCUUUUCUAUCGAAAUACUGUACAUGCAGAUGGAUUCCGGGAAGCCGAAAGGGAAGGAAAUACAAGUACCGUGUAAUGUGAUGUCCACGAACCCUCCUAGUAAUUUCUACACACGCAAAACCUCAAAUAGUAAUAAUCUCUGAAUUGCUGAUAAGCUGCCUCCACUCAACAUCUCCAUUCGACAGAGUUGGAUCGAUUCGACAACCAACCACGGGACCUUCAAUUGUUCUUGCCGUGGACCACAAAACGUAUUGAUGUGUGAACAGAGACAUGAAAGAACGCUAAAAAGGACAGUGGUGGAGGAGGACGAGGCAAACCAAAUUGCAUUCCAAAUCCGACAGUAGGCUUGACUACAUUACACUUGCUGGUUACAUAAUGUAGAUAAAUACAACCUAUAACCACAUAUAUUUAAUCUUAAAUUACAUGUACUCAAACUUGCUCGAGCAUCACUUGUUACUGGUCAACUAGUACUUAGGUGCCAUAUGAGCUGCGGGCUACGUGCUUGUGCAGCCGCCUCGUCAGCCUGGGCUUUCUCUCUCUAACUUUCCUCGUCCACUGCCAAACAAUCCCCCACCCCACUCAACAAUUCACCCAAAAAAAAAAAAUAAUAAUAAAAAGCAGAAACGAAAAAAGACCCACCAAUCAAAAAGUCAAAAGGUAGUCUGACUCUCU